UCCUCAGCAUAAACAGACGGACGACACAAAGCGAAGUCGUUGAGCUUCUUUGACAAAACACAGAGCCGUCGUUGUAGACGUGGUGUUUAUAUUCUGAGGGUAUCGAUGGCUGAGGCGAGAUGUGCCGUGCACGAACCCUCGGUCCCGCAUGUGGCUUCGGAGGAGGAAUAUCAGAGAAACAUUUACAACGAAUGGCGAAGGUCGCUCGUCCGCCGAUUCUACAGAACCAGAAACCUGCUGUACAAUGGAAUGUGGCCGACCUCUAUAUGGAACCUGGCAGCGAUGGUGGUUAUUUUAUCUGCGAUCAUGAUUUUGGAUGCAGAAGUGAUGCGACCAAUUAAUGAUAGACUGUGGAAAGUCCAUCACAUGUUAUAUAUACCUAAAGGACUUCCCCUGGUGGUGAAUGUGGUUAUUACUUCCUGUUUUGUGGGAUUCUGGUUUUUCCUCAUCAAGAUCUAUGUGCGGCGAUAUUUACUCCGGGGCCUUCUCUCCUACAGGGGCUGGAUGUAUGAGCAGCCUAAGACCCAGUCUAUCAGUACCAUACUGUGGGGUGUACUUGUUAAGGUGGUCAGUGGUUACAGCCCUAAGCUGUACAGUUGUCAGUCGUCUCUCGCCCGUAUGCCGGUCCCCGCCCUCCGAGACACACUGACCAAGCUCCUGAAAUCACUCGAGCCCCUGUACGGCGACGACAAGGAAAAGUGGAACAAACUAAAGAAAGAUGCGGAGGAUUUCGAGAAAGGAUACGGACCAAAGUUACAGAGGAUACUCAAACUGAAGUCAUGGUGGUGUAACAAUUACGUAACUGACUGGUGGGAGAAGUAUGUGUAUUUAUCUAGCAGAGACCCCCUACCAAUCAACAGUAACUACUACAUACUGGAUCAGGAACAUUGGACCCCUUCCCCUAUACAGACAGCAAGGAUUUCCAGCACAGUGUACAAUGUCCUGAAGUUUAAACAGCUUAGAGACCGUGAGACACUUGAACCCCUGCUGAUCAGACAGACCAUUCCUGUGUGUAUGGCCCAAUACGAGAGGAUGUUCUCCACAACCAGAAUUCCUGGAGAAGAGUGUGAUACCUUACUGACGUAUGACUCCACUGUCUCCAAGCACAUAGCGGUGUGGAGGAGAGGUGUGCUGUACAAACUGGAAGUUUUUGACAAAAAAGGACGUCUCCUGACUCCAACACUGAUACAGAAACAGUUAGAGUGGAUAAUACAGGACGCUGAUAAACAUACAGAUUCCUACAGCAGAGAGGAGAAGAUUCUGGCCUGUUUAACUGGACAGGAACGAGUUAAAUGGUGGAGGAUCCGAGAUCAACACUUCUCCAGGGGUGUCAACCGCGAAACCAUGGACAUGAUAGAAAAAGCCAUGUUCUGUUUAACACUUGAGACAGAGAAAUACGAGACCAUGACACAGAGAGGCCUCUAUCUACUGUGUGAUAAUGACGGAAAGCUGUGGUACGAUAAAUGUUUUAACCUGGUCUCUUUCCCUGACGGAAGGAUGGGCUGUAACAGUGAACACUCGUACGCCGACGCUCCGAUCAUAGCUCACCUGCUGGAGUACAACUUUACUGCAGAAGCUUUAGAGGAGUGUGGUUUCCUUAAGGAUGGGUCCCUGCCUCCAAAUCCCGAGGAUUCAAACUACGUCCUCUCUAAACCCACGCGACAUAUAUGGGAAGUAACUCCAGAUCUUAGGACUGCCAUUAUUGAGGCCGAAAAAGUCUGCAAAAUGAAUUCAGAUGACCUUGACCUUUGUCUGAGGGAGUUGACCAUUUAUGGAAAAGGGUUCAUGAAGACCUGUAAGGUGAGCCCAGAUGCAUUCAUCCAGAUGGCGCUUCAGGUGACCUACUAUAAGAAUGCUGGGAAGUUUGCCCUGACGUACGAGUCCUCCAUGACCAGACUUUAUCUUCAGGGGAGAACGGAGACGGUCCGAACACUCAGCAAUGACUCAGCAGCCUUUGUUAAGGCAUUUCUGGACAAAUCUGUCCCUAAGUCUACGACCAUUGAUCUCCUGAGGAAGGCCUGCGACCGCCACCAGGAUGCGUACAGAGACGCCAUGUGUGGACGGGCCAUCGAUAGACACCUGUUUGGUCUCUACGUCGUCAGCAAGGGCAUGGGCUACGACUGUGAGUUUUUGAAGGAAGCUCUGACAAUUCCCUGGACAUUGUCAACUAGCCAGCAACCACAGCAACAGAUAGCAACCUCACCAAACUGUAGUCUCCCUCAGUACAGACACGCUCUGUGUCCUGGGGGUGGUUUUGGCCCGGUGUCAGACGACGGUUACGGCGUCUCCUACAUGAUUCCCGGGGACCACAAAGUAUUCUUCCACGUGUCCUCCAAAAAGUCGACCAAAAAUACCGACUCCACGGUGUUCAUGGAUCAGCUGUUUGAGACAUUUGUAGAGAUGAAGGAACUGUUCAGCCAGGUUUGAUGACGGAGUUCAUAGGUCAUCCUCAGCCAAUCAGUGAUUUACUCUCAGAUUGUACUUAAGAAUCGGAUGUUUUAAAGAGAGUUUGUACCUUUAUUUAUGCUCAAAAAGUACUUCAAAGGAUUUAAUGAAGAUAAAUGUUUUUAUUUUCAAUGUUAUGUAUUUUUGAGAUAUUUUAAGAUAGAAUUCAAUUUUUUUUAAUUUGAUUUUAAAUAAAGAAUUUUUUGGAAAAACUUCUUUAUCGCAGGGGAUUUUUAAUUAGCGUUUUGAAAUAAUUGUUAUAUAAAAUGAUAAGACCAAGAUUUAUUCUUAAAUAUGCACAUAUAGUUCUCCACAUUUUUCUUUCUUUCAAUAUGUUGUCAUUCAUUUGUAAUAUAAAGUUUGUAUAUGGUAUGUCCUCUGAUGGAAAUUGAGUGGUGUCACUAAUUUAAUUUUUUUUUUUAUACAAUUCUGCUUCAAGACAAGAAAAAACAAAUAAUCGCAUAUAUUUAUAAGUAUUGUAACAUUCCUAACCCAUUGGGAAUACGAGUGUGUUAACUUCGUUGGAAAUUCAUCAUCAAUGAAUCAGGAAGAGAUAAUUAAAUUCUAAAAUGUUUUUUAUUGUUUAGUAAAUAGAGUUUUGUUUUUUUUUUUUUUAGAAAAAAUGGGUUAUUUUAUAUAUCCUGCCUUCUACAGCCUCAGCUAAUUAAUUCUACAAUUUUUAAUUCUUUUCCAGUGAUAAGCCUUGAGUGCCAAUCAUGAUUAUGAUUUUUAAUUUAUCAGAGAAGUUAAUUUCAAUUUGUAUGAUUACAAAAGUCAGUUUUUGACAUUUACAAUAGAUUUCAAUAUUUUACUGUAGUAGUGCAUAUUCUACAAAUAUUUUAUGUCAGUUGUAUCUAAUCACCUACAUAUAAAUUUUUUUUUGUUUGUAUUUUAGAUUUUUAAUUUUGGACCAUAUUUGUAACAGUCAAUCAGUUUGUACCUAUGUAUCUGUAUUUUUGUUUUAUGUCAAUGAUGAUCCUUUUUGUUUUGUGUAUACAUCCUAUACAUUGUACAAUUCCCAGUAUUGUCAGCUAUAGACUGUGUUAUACCUCCGUCAUUAUUGUUUUACAGUCAAACCAUAAUACCUUAAACUUGACAUAACACUGUUACAAAAGGAGCCAAUGUUGAUCAGAACACACCAUGUAUUGUCAAGUUAUAAAGCUAAAGUCUGUGUUAUACUUUCUCCUCAUAACUUAAGUCAUUAAGUUUUUACAGUCAAACAUUGAUUUACUAUCAGAUAAGUUACUUGUUUUAGAGGGUUUGUCCUAGUGUUUGAGAUACUGUAAAUGUAUUAUAUUUAGCGUGUACAAUAUUUGGCGGAUAUUGACUUUUGAAUAAGUUAGGAAAGAUUUGAUUUAGCGCUUUUCUUCUUAUUCUAAUAUAUGUGUAUACGUGCAAGACAUUUAUCUAUGUACUUGAUUUAGCGGUUGCUGCAAUCUGCCAAAGCCGCUAAAAAGAAUACACAGCCAAAUGUACCGGUAAUACGUUUACAGUAGUUAGAUUACACUGUAUCCCCAUUCUACAAUGUACAGCAUUGUCGGGUUUGACCUAUUAGUGUUUGAGAUAGAUAGAUUACACUGUAUUACUAUUCUACAAUGUACAGUAUUGUCAGCUUAUACAGAAGACUGUUAUACAGUAUAUCCUUUAUAUAUCGUGAUUUUAUUUAUUUACUUUGUACAUCUCCAGCUUUGUGAUAUGUUUUCCCAGUGACUCUAUCUAAUAAUUGUGUGGCUUUACAGUUGUAUAUAAUAUUAAGUGUUGAAUGCCUAACAUUAUUGUAUGGGUGUGAAAUAAUGCCAUACUUGACUACAACUUAACUGAAUCUGGAUUCUGAAAUUGUUCUAGUUAAUUGUUCUGAAAUUCUCACUCUCGGAAUAUGUGGAGAUUUUGUAAUGUAAGGUUGUCAGAUAUUUUCCUCUUUUUGAAGGGGGUUUCCAGAAUUUAGAUAAACUAAUUCUGUAUAACCCCCCCCCCCCCCUCACUCCAAAAAAUCCUUUGAUCAUAACCAUCUGUCAAUCUAAUUAAAAUUAGACUUCUAUUUUUGCUCCUCUUCUAUAUGCUUUAAUACAAGCAACAUAACAAAAUAUAGGAGUGCAAAGGAUCUAAUUUUAAUUAGAUUGUACAGUCUGUAUAUUUGGAUUUGGUUUUGUUGUAGUCAAACUUGGAAUGACAUAUUAAAUCUUUUAAAAGCUAUAACAGUUAACUAUGUAACACAUUCAAGUGAACAAGGGUGUCCUCCCUUUUAUGAAUGUAUUUUUUUCUACAUUGUUAAUACAACAUGUAAGUAUUAUUCAGAUAUUUUACUUUUUGCAACAGAUAGCAGGUCUCAAAAUUUAUUAAUAACAACUUUACACAAAGGAACUGACCACCAAUCUGUCUCUCAGGUCUUGUUUUACACAAACCCCCCCCCAAAAAAAAAAAAAAAAUUAAAGAGAAAGACAUAACUUAGAAAUGUAUUUAUAACAUGAGGAAACUCAGGAGAAUGAAGAUGACAUCAUAUUUUUAUUUUGAGAUGUAUCUUAGGAGGGGCAAUUUGUUUAUUUACAUGUAAAAUUUACUCCAUCAUACCGACAUAUUACUAUUAUUUCAUUUUAAAGAAGAAACGAGAAAGGAAAUCAUUUCAACGAUCCCACAUGGAAUUCAAGUUGUAGUAAGUCAUGUAUCAGCCAAAUGUAAUGUAAAAAUUGCAUCCAAUGUAAAAAAAAAAAAAUGGGAAAAAACAAAAACACUGGCAAAUUUAUCCUAUAAUAAAAUAAUAUCCUUAAGUUUUACCUAUAGAUUUACUUGAGCAGAUCGUAGAUGAAUUAUUUUGAAACAGAAUACAUGCAGCAAAAGAAUUUAGACUAGACUAAAGCUAGCCAGGAAUUAAUGGGAAAUGGGAUUAUGAUUUAAACUGGGAAAGUAAUUUAUAAAUCUUUAAUAUGAUUAAAAGUGAAAGUAACUUAUAAAUCUUUACUGACUUGUUUUCCAUCAGUGUAUAUAUCUUAUAUUUGAUGUUUUUCAAGCCAUAGGGCUGUGAAUUUGAAGCACAUCAUACAAUGGGAGAUUAAUACAUGUAGUUACUUAGGACAAUUUAAUGUUUAUGGUAUGUUUUGGUGCACAGUCAGUCACAAAGGUUGGAUUAUAAUUAACACUCAAGCUCACUAGAUUGUGUGUUCUUAUAUACAAAUGAAGGGUAGGGAUAUCAUUACUAGCAGAUAUUUCCAUCCACGGGUGGUAUAUAUAUAUGACCUUGUAAUACUAGCCCCAGGGAGUGUUACGGGAGGUUAGUAAUGCCAUAUACCCUUACAAGUGCUGUGACCAGGGACCUUGACAUAGCCCCCAGGGGAUUAUGGGUAAUUGUCCCAUGGGUUUUAUCUUGAAGGUUGGUUGGGUUGUAAAAGGAGGGGAAUCCCCAAGAAAAUCAAAAUAAUAAAUACUCACAGAAACACAUUUACUAUUAUUACUAAUGAGCAGUUCUGAAUUUCUUUAUUAAGACUAGUUGUGUAUACAUUUAAUAUCAUUGAUCAAUGUGACCAAGUUUUUACCCAUAGAUUUCAAUUUUCAUAAAAGAUUUUAACAGAUUGGCUAUUGGAAAAGUUGAUCAUUUGUCAAAUUAGAAUAUUGUUUUAUAACUAAACUCAACUGCUUUCAAUGUAUGCAUAUACAAAUGUACUUUUAUUGAAGAACAAGAACAAUUUUAAAAACUUUUUUUGAAAUUCAAGUGUACAGAUUGAAACAGAAUGACGUUCAUUUUUAAACAAAAAUUAUUUUAAGUUCCAUUUCUACAUGCACUUCAGUUUUCACCAGAGACUUAUGUCUCUGUUUCACCUAUUGUUUGGCAAGUGUAUGUUGUCAGCAUUGUAAAAACUUCAAAAUAAAAACUUGUUGAAAAUGGAA